ACUGAAAAUACAGCCUGGCGUUGACAGAGCUAAAUGUCGCAGGCUCUAGCUUUCCACAGAGAAGGGGGUGGAGCCGGAAGCUAGACCCAGGUGGAAAUUUAAGCUUCUCGGCGGCCAUCUUUGCUUAGGGCAAACAGCAUAGACAUUGCCAGAAAGAAGUAUGGCUGCUCUAUAAAAGCGCUGCACGUAAAAUCAGAGCGGGUUUCCUGUGAUAUAUGUCUGUACCUGGUCACACACCCUGUACCUCAGUAAGUUAUUAAGCUGUCAUUGUGGGCAUUAUGUCUUGGAAAGUGUUACUAUUAGUGUGUAUUUCAUCCAUACACUUUAAAAGACCUUGGGACAAUGGGAUCUGCUCAUAGAAUUGCCAGUAGAUUAGAGGUAAUAUGUUUUCACAGUGAGUAGCCAAGGUCCUCCAGGACAUGAAGGUCGAUGAGAACAGCUGGAGGAGAUAAUCGGCGUUCGAUGUCUACAUCAUACUGAAGCGGAUAUUACAGGGCUGUUUCGUUGAAAUAUAUCACGUCCUACAAAGUAAAAAUGAUGAGCAAGAUUGUUCUUCGAGUUCUGAGAAUACGAAGUGGCCCAGGAAUCAAAUAUUACGCCUGCAAGCAAAAGGCUUUAUCCCCAAAUUAUCCUAUUUUUGGGUCUAGGCAAUAUGUAUCUCCAAAUUUAGGAUCGGAUACGAAGAAUUCUUCUGAAGAGAAUAAAAGGACAAUUAGCAAUCUUUACAAUUUGUCUGUUAAUAUUAAGAAGAUUCGCCAGCUAAAAGGAUGGGUGCUUUCUAAAGACGUGGCCUUUGUUCAAGAGACUGCUGAUUUCUUGAAAGGGUUAGGGGCAAAUGAGCCGUUGGUAGCCAACAUCCUCGAGCGUUGUCCUGAGGCUUUUCUUCAGGACCCUGCCGAGGUUAAAGAACAAAGGUACAUAUGGCAUUUGGUUUGUCCAAACGACGACGAGCUAGUCCAAAUAAUUGAAAAGUUUCCAGAUUCGUUCUUUGUUUAUAAGUCUCCAGAAAAUCAAAGAGACAAUAUCGCCUACUUUAAAGAUCUGGGACUUAGCAACAAAAUUAUCUGCAGACUUCUAACAAGCUCUCCACAGAUCUUUUGUAAUCCAAUUGAAGAUAAUAAGCAAAUUAUUGAUGGAGUUAAAGAAAAUUUCCUUAAUCUGGGUGGUUCAGAAGCAAACUUUAAAACUUGGCUAAUGAAAAUGUUAAGCCAGGACCCGUUUAUCAUGUUUAAGUCGUCUUCCGCUAUAAAAGAGAACGUUAAGUUUCUCCAGAGUUUAGGAUUUUCCGACACGGAAAUCUUGAAACUGAUGUCCAAACUAAAAGGAAUGAUAUUUGAUCUGAGCUGCAGUACCAUGGAAGAAAGUACAACGUUUUCUCGAAGCGUCUUCAACUGUGACGAUGAAGAACUUCGGCAGAUGAUACUAAAAUGCCCCGGUAUUCUGUAUUACUCCGUAUCUGUUUUAGAAGACCGCCUAAAGUGUCUGAUUAGAGAAGGGGCUUCGGUAGACCAGGUGAAAAAAUGUCCUAAUGUUCUGGAACUUACGACUCAAAUCAUCGAAUUUAGAAUUAAAAAAAUGAAGUCAUUGGGUCACGAAAUACAGAACCAGCAUUUGGAUGUUUUAAAUGGGACCAAAAAGGAUUUUGAAGUCAACUUUGGGAGACUGCAAGUGAAAAAGGAGCGUCCGUUGUUUAAUCCGGUUGCACCACUGCAUGUCGAUGAAUGACUGGUUAAGUCCAGAUUCUAAUUGCUGAAUUCAGCAAUCUGGUUACUUAUUCAAAAAAUGACAUCAGCUGGUCGCGUUAAGAUACCCAACGUCAAAAGGGGCGCGCUGCUAGACCAGUGGUGUGAUGGCUAUGUUCUUUACACUGUGGAGUGCCUAUAAUCAAAGCCUACUAACUGUAUAGAGUGAACAAUACUCUGGAGUUUACAAAAUCUGCCAAAAUAAGUGUAUUUUUUGUAAAUCUAUGGUUGCGGAAGGGGGAGGAGUUUUAAGGACGCACCUAGCGAUGAAGGCAAUGUAUACAUUUUGCAGGCCUUUGGAUUUCAUAGUAUAGCCUAUGCCAUUGUGUAACAGUUUUUAAUAACCUUAUCCAAUGACAUUGGAGACGCUAACUCUUUGUCAGUUGCCAUCGUCCAUUAAUCAUGACUCUUAUUAGGUCACUGAAGUCAUCCUUAAAAAUAAUUGAUUAAGAUGUGACACGGAAGGCAAACUAUUAUGAUUUACACUUACAUCUCAAUUAAUUAUAAUGCAUGCUGAUUCGAUAUAAGUAGCUUAAAGCUAUUUGCACGGUCUCUUCAAUUGAAAUACCCAAAACUCAUUUUGUAUUUCAACUGUGAUUUUCUUGCUUUCUUUUCUCAGAAUAAAACUUUUUCCUGCGGGAGUGUAACCUUUCUAAA